UUGGGUUCGAACAGUCUCUCAGUGGGCUCAACCACUUUUUAAGUGACCACUUUCGCAAUGGAGUCUGGUGUGCUGUUUGGUCCUGUUAGCUGUUAGCUCUUUGGUCCUGUUUCUUAUUUUGAUUCCGUUCCGAACUGAAAUGGCUGUGAUGAUUGGCAGGAGGUCCCAGCCUGUCUCGGACAGCUGCGCUCAGAAUAGCUAGCAUUCCAACACAUGCGCGUGCACACACACACCGGAAGUAGAAAGUUGACUUGGGUGAAGCGGGAAUUGACAGGCGAUGUCACUUUAUUUGUUCGGCGUGGAUCAUAUGUAUGAACGUUCCUCCCUGAUGAGGAUAUCUCCUUGUUUUCCUCCACGCUAAAGUCGACGCUCAUCAGAGGUUGUCUCCUCCACAGGUGAGGAGCAGCCAUGUUGGCAUCCUCUACCCUCCCAUUUCUCCUCCUCCCCCUUUUUUUCCUCUUCCUGCCGACACCACUCACGGCCUCAGACUCGUCGGUGCGGUGGGUGACACUGCGCGGUGCCCCCCUCGGUCACCUUGCGUUGGACGCCCAGGCAGGGCUUCUGUACGUGGGCGGAGUGGACCACCUGUACCAGCUGACCUCUGACCUGGAGCUGAUGUCCCACGUGAAGACCGGCCCUCACCUGGACUCAGUGGACUGUGUUCCCCCGAUCUCCCUGAAGGACUGUCCCUCAGCCAAGCCCACCAGCAACUAUAACAAGAUGUUGCUACUAGAAACUGGACAGGGAGAAGAACCUGGUACUUUGAUAGUCUGUGGCUCGCUUUACUACGGUAUCUGUGAAAAGAGGAGUCUGUCCAACAUUUCCCAGCUGGUCUACCAGUCGUCCAACCCCUUGGACAAUCAGUUUGUUGCCGCCAACGACCCUUUUGUCUCCACCGUGGGCAUCGUGCUCACUACGAGGUUAGCUAGCGGCCAGAUGCUUCGUUUCAUGCUAGUCGGGCGCGGCUAUACCAGCAAGGGUUUCCCAUUCGACAUCCCGCCCAUCACGACACGGCGUCUCUACCCGGUGGUGCUUCCUCACCGCGCCUUUGUUCAGGAGGAGGAGCUUGGCAGACUCUUCAUCGGCAGCUACUCCAAGUACGACACCAACUUCAUUAAAGUGGUCGCGCUGGAUGACCACGUCUACUUUCUCUUCACGCGUGUGGCGGAGCGCUACAGGGCGGAGUACCGCACCUACGUCUCCCGUCUCUGCAUCUCCGACCGCAAAUUCUACUCGUACGUGGAAGUGCCGCUGCUUUGCCACGGGGGCUACAACCUGGCAAGGGGGGCGUGGCUUGGACGACACUCAGGGAAGCCUGCGCUCUUUGUCACCAUGACGGCCGGGUGGGAGUCCACAUCCAUGGCAACAGAUAACUCAGCUCUGUGCGUGUACGGUAUGGCGGAGCUGGAUGCCAUGAUAAAGGAAGCCAAGGAGUCAUGCUACACGAGAGGAGGGCGCGGGGUCAAAGGGCAGGAGGAGGCCUACAUUGCCUACAGCCGCUCGUACAACUGUCUCAAUCUCCCCAAGGCGUCCGUCUCCCAGUGUCCGUGUGGGUGUGAGCACACGCCCAAUCCCAUCGCCAGCGUCGGUUCUCUGGCGGCCACGCCUGCCAUCACCGCCACCACCCAGCUGACUGCCGUCGCCACAACAACAGAGACCGGACACACGGUGGCAUUUGUGGGGGACCACGAGGGACGACUACACAAGGUUCUGGUGCGGUCAGACGGUUCAGGCGAAGUGUACGGGACCGUGAUGGUGGACAGCGGCAGUGCAGUUGGCCCUGACCUCUUAUUGGACGCCAGCCAGCAGAACCUCUUUGUUCUUACAAGUAACAGGCUGUCCAAAGUUCCGGUGUCAUCAUGUCACACCAACACCGACUGCCAGUCCUGUCUGGCCACCAGGGACCUGUACUGUGGCUGGUGCGUCCUGGAGGGAAGAUGUUCCCGGCAACACGAGUGUGAGCGCCACCUUCAGGCCAACCACUGGAUCUGGAGCUUUGACUCCUCGAAGCAGUGCAUGACUGUGCACAGCGUGCAGCCAGCCAAUCAGAGCAAAGAUGAGCAGACUCAGGUCACACUGUCGCUGGCCCAGCUUCCCGUCCUUUCGGCGACGGAGUCUCUCUCCUGUGUCUUUCAUCAUCUCCCACCUCAGCCGGCAUUCAUUACCGGGACCAGCAUCACCUGUCAAUCACCUGCGCCUGAGCUCCUCCCACCGCUGCCCACAGGACGCGAUCACAUGACACUGCCUGUGUUGCUGAAGUUUGGUCACGUGACCAUCACAACAGCCAACAUGACCUUCUACGACUGCGGAGCCGUCAGCCACCUCAAUCAAACCUCCCAGUGUCUAGCGUGUGUCGACAGCAUGUGGAAGUGUAACUGGUGUCCUCUGGACCAACAAUGUACUCACAGAGACACGUGUGCUAACCAACACAUCAUACUCAACCAGAGGGACUCCUCUGGUCCAGGUCAGUGUCCUCUGGUCUUCGGUCUUCAGAGUUCUGCCGUAGUUCCUGUGGGCUUAACAAGCAGUGUGGUUCUGAAGGCUGAGAACUUGCACAUCUACAAGGACGAGGCUCAGUAUGUGUGUGUGGUGGACAUCGAGGGUGUCCAAGUCAACCUAACAGCAGAUGUCCAGAAAACACAGGACAACACACACACCUUCACCUGCAGCCCCCAUCGGUUUGACUAUGCUGCCAGUCAACUGGUUUAUUCAGCGGCCAUCUUCCUGAGGACAGGAACCAGACGCAUCGACGCUUUACCUGGUCUUCAGUUGCAACUGUACAACUGCUCAGUCGGCCAAUCGGAUUGUUCCCAGUGCUGGGUGGUCCCUAAGGAGUACGGCUGUGUGUGGUGCACAGGAAGCACCGCCCCCAGCUGUGUCUACAACCAAACCUGCAACGGCAUCCCCUCAGAAACAUGCCCACCACCGCAGAUCACGCAGGUGCACCCACUGUCUGGUCCUCUGGAGGGCGGAAUGUUGGUGACAAUUAGUGGCUCCAACCUGGGAAUGAGCUACCAUGAUGUUGUGGGCGGUGUUACAGUGGCAGGUGUGGACUGCCCUCUCCAACCUGAAGAGUACAAAAUAUCCACCAGGGUCGUGUGUAUGCUGCAGGCCAGCCAGAAGCAGAGAGCAGGGCCUGUCCUCGUUACCACGGGAAAAGGUCCACCAGGAAAAUCCGCCAUGAACUUCAACUAUCAGGACCCACGUAUCCUGGGUCUACUUCCUGAUAAAGGUCCGCUUUCUGGAGGGACCAGGUUGACGAUCAAAGGACGGCAGCUGUUGACGGGCCAGACGUCCCACCUGAACGCAUUCCUCGGAACACAACACUGCUACAUUGUGGAGGAGGUCAGCGACAGCCAGCUGGUUUGUCUGACUCUUGCCAGAAAUCAAACCGGCAAGGUUCCAAUUCGGGUUUUGUUCAGUAAGGCAGAGCGUUCCAUUCCCAAUGUGACAUUCCGAUACGUGGAUGACCCUGUCAUCAUGGACGCCAUGCCGACGGAGAGCUUCUAUGCAGGGGGGCGGGUCAUUUUGGUGAGUGGCAGAAAUCUUGAUGUGGUGCAGGAGCCAAUCAUGUCCGUGUGGGUGGAGCCUGUGGACGUCCAGAGAGUGAAACGUAGAAAACGACUGGCUCUUUUCAACGCCAGACAGCAGGCAGUCGUGAACACCAUGGACACGGUCUCCGAGCGCUGCUCUGUACUGUCUUCCUCUCAGAUGACCUGCCCGACUCCUUCCGUCCCCGCAGAUGUGAAAGUGAAGGGCGUCUGGUUCCAAAUGGACAACGUGCGAAUCCAUUACGAGAGCAUCAAGGGCAAGAGCUUCACCUACCAUCCAAAUCCUCGGCUCUUCCCUCUCAAUCGGGAAGCUCCAGAUGCUCCAUAUUACUUCAAAGCCGGCGGCGUGCUCGCUGUGGAGGGAGAAGACCUGACACGUGCAAUGUCCAGACAAGAAGUGACAGUUCUGCUGGGAGACCAGGAAUGUGAGGUGAAGACAUUGGACAGCACACACCUGUACUGCGAGCCUCCUGAGGUGCAGCCAAUGAGCGUGGACGACAGCAGCAGGUUGCCUCGUCUCCAGGUACUGAUGGGAUACUUGCAGGUAGACUUGGGAAUGGUUCAGUACGACAGCGACCUUCUGCUGCUUCCCAUUCCAUUGGGUGCUCAGAUCGGUUUGGGGGCGGGAGCGGCUGUCAUACUCCUUUCCGUACUCGUCGUCAUACUCAUGUACAGGAGGAAGAGCAAGCAAGCCCUCAGAGACUACAAGAAGGUUCUGGUGCAGUUGGAAACGUUGGAGAUCAACGUGGGCGAUCAGUGUCGCAAAGAGUUCACUGAUCUAAUGACGGAGAUGAUGGACCUGAGCAGCGACGUAGGAGGACCAGGUCUUCCCCUUCUGGACUAUCGCACAUACGCAGAGAGAGUGUUCUUCCCAGGCCACCAGGCAGCCCCUCUCAGCCGACACCUGGACCUACCGGAGUUCAGGAGACACACGGUGGAACAGGGUCUCCAGCAGCUGAACAACCUGCUCAACAACAGGCUCUUCCUAACCAGGUUUAUCCACACGCUGGAGGCUCAGCAGGGCUUCUCACAGCGCGACCGCGGUUACGUAGCCAGUCUGCUGACCAUGGCGCUACACGACAAGCUGGAGUACUUCACCGAAGUCAUGAAAAGUUUACUGCAGGAUCUGGUUCAGCAGUACGUUGUCAAGAACCCCAAACUCAUGCUAAGAAGGACAGAGACGGUUGUUGAGAAGAUGUUGACCAACUGGAUGUCCAUAUGUCUCUACUCCUUCCUCAAGGAGGUGGCAGGGGAGCCCCUCUACAUGCUCUACCGGGCCAUCAAGUACCAGGUGGACAAAGGUCCAGUGGACGCAGUGACAGGAAAAGCUAAGAGGACACUCAAUGACAGCCACCUUCUUCGUGAGGACAUCGACUACUGUGCUGUGACUCUAACAGUGCUGGUGAAGAAUGGUGCUGAAGUUCAACCUUGUCCCGUCAAAGUGCUCGACACGGACACCAUCACACAGGUGAAGGACAAGAUCCUGGACCAGGUCUACAGAGGAGCUGCUUUCUCUCAAAGACCAGCAGCUGACAGCUUGGAUUUAGAGUGGCGUUCUGGUCAGGCGGGUCACCUGACGUUGUCGGAUGAUGAUGUCACAGCCGUGGUUCAAGGUCGCUGGAAAAGACUGAACACGCUGCAGCACUACAAGGUUCCAGAUGGAGCUACGGUUGCUCUGGUUCCACGGUCUCAGAGUUCCAGUGGCACUCGUGUAAACCAGGUGUUUCAGACUGGAGAAAAAACGCCGAUGCUGGAGAGUGAAGAAGAAGAGGGGCUUCGACUGUGGCAUCUGGUGAAAAGCAGUGAAGAUCCCGAAAUUCCCAAACACAGGAAGAGCAGUAUGAGGGAGAGAGAGAGAGCAAAGGCUAUACCUGAGAUUUACCUGACCAGACUGCUGUCCAUGAAGGGAACACUCCAGAAGUUUGUGGACGACGUCUUUGUGGCCAUCCUGAGCACCAAGCGUCCUCCUCCCAUCGCAGUCAGGUUUUUCUUUGACUUCCUGGACGACAUGGCGGAGAAACACGGUAUCGAUGAUCCAGAGACUGUUCACAUCUGGAAGACAAACAGUUUGCCUCUCAGGUUCUGGGUCAACAUCCUGAAGAACCCUCAGUUCGUUUUGGACGUCCAGGUCACGGACAGCAUUGACGCUGUCCUGUCCGUCAUCGCUCAGACAUUCAUUGACUCGUGCACCACAUCAGAGCACAAAGUGGGACGGGACUCUCCAGUCAACAAGCUGCUCUAUGCCAGAGAAAUCCCUCGCUACAAACAGUUGGUGGAGAGGUACUACAGUGACAUCCACAGUGCUGCAUCUGGAUGCUACCAGGAGAUGAACUCCACUCUGACUGAACUUUCUGGGAGCUUUGCUUCCGAGAUGAACAGUCUUGUUGCACUUCAUGAACUCUACAAGUACAUCAAUAAAUACUAUGACCAGGUCAUCAUGUCACUGGAGGAGGAUAAUUCCGGUCAGAAGAUGCAGUUAGCCUAUCGACUGCAGCAGGUUGCCGCCCUGGUAGAGAACAAGGUCACGGACCUCUGAUGACCUGCGACCUUCAUCAUAUGGAAACUCAAGGGGAACACUUCCAUCAGGGGCUCUGAGAGACACUGGAAACACAGCACUGUGCGUGUGUGUAUGUGUGUGUGUGUGUGUGGAUGAAGGCAAAGGUCCACUAUGACAAUCUAAAUUGCACUACAGUCCUCAUCACAAAGCACAAGUGGUCACAUGUUGAUGACAUCAGACAUGCUGUCAUCAAUCCUUCAAUUAUCUUCAAACCAGCACGACUUGAUUGAUAACACUGUCAGGGAUUGGAACCAUCUUUUCUGUCUGAUCCAAUUUCCUGACCUUUUCACUCAAAAUGUCUCCUGGUCCAGGAUUGGAGAAGUUACCAUGGAAACAUUUUAGUGCUAUUUAGUGCAUUUGGUUCUGUUUGCAUUGAGAUUUGUUUUAUGUAUGAUUGACACAUGUCGGGCCACCUCCAGUCAGCUGUGUGUGUGUAUAUGUGUGUGUUACUAACUUAUUGAGUGUACAUACUGUAAGCCCUAUUUAAAGUUAUUUAUCCCAGCUGUGCCUUCACUCUUGCAGCUAGGUGGCGCUGUGUGAGCUGACAGCAGCUUGAUGUUUAAACAGCAGGGAAAACAAGAGUGACAACACAACUCAGAGGCUGCGUUGUUAUAAGAGAGCUAACGUCACGACAAACAGAGCUAACAUUCGCCUGGUGACAGAAUGUAGAGGCCAUUGUCAUUACGCAAUACGUACCUGAAACGCAAACGCUUCUACGCAUGUGCAGAAGGCAUCUCCAUCCGCUAGGCCUAUUUUUUUCUGCAGUCACGUUAGACAUGUGUAAUCUAUACCGUCUGUUUAUAUUUUUUUGUGUUAUGACAGUAAUAUAUGUCACCCCCCUCAAAAUUUUUUUUUUUAUAACAUAAUCUAUCUGUACAUAAUCUAUGUACAGAUGGAUGGUAUUUCUAGCUAUGGUAAACCUAGCUAAAUCAUCUCGAUUAAUUCAUAAUUGCAAUAUUAGACUAUUUGAAUAUAAACAUUAUUAAGACAAAGUCUUUAAUUAGAGUCACUUAAAAAUAACCCCCAAUCUAUUACAUAUGUAAAGUAUGGUUAUUGACCAUUUAUGUUCAUACGUUUAAAAAAAAACUACCACAGCACGUGACGUGAAGCUAUGACAGAUAUUUUGCGCAUGCGCAGAACCAAUCACGUUUCCAGCACGGAUUGCGUGACAACACGAGCACAUAUUUGUUAGCCAGCUAACAUGACAAGUGUUAGCUUGGAUGAGACUAUGCUAGCUACAAAGAUGUUUUUAUGGGUUUUAAAUGUGUAAUACAACUAAAACAGUUCCAUCUGUUUGCAUGUUAGCAAUGCAAAUGUCAUUCACUAAUGGCAUGCUAUAAUCUCGCUGUUUUAGCUGUGUGAUGCUUACAAAGCACAUCCAGCACUAUAUGCUAGCUAUUUGAACUACUUUGCUAACGUAACACGCAUGUUGUUUUGUUAUCAUCAACCAGCUGGCAUGACUGAAGCCAAAACGAUCUACACAAUGGAGAUGACAGCAGGAAAAAAAAGCAAUAAUAAUCACCACACGGCUGUUUUUCAUGAUAGUGUUUCCCAGCUGACUUCACCGGUGUUUAUUAAUGUACAUAUUCUUAUUAUGAUGCAUCCUUUUAUGAAUAAACAGCUCAUAUGAUAAAAGAUAAAACAUUUAAAUGGACAGUCCAAACUAUCUAACAGAAGGUUCCUUCUUCUGCGAUGUUGCUCUUCCUUCCAGACUUUUUCUGUUUUUGCCUGCUUUGUCUUUGUGGACUUCUUGUUAUAGAUUUUGCAUGCAUGUGAAGAUGAUGAAGAAUUAUGGUGCUUCUUCCAAGAUAUUUUGGUCAGAAAGAUGAUGAUAAUGAUGAUGAUGUGUAACAGGAGUUUUGACCUUUGACACUGCUGAUCUUUGUACAGUUUUUUGAAUGAAAUGAUUGUCUUUGUUACUUUUUCUACAAGGGACAAAAAAAAGAAAUGCAGGAUUAGUGUCAUCUUUUCUACUGAUUUUGAGAAUGUGAUGUAAAUAAUGAGAACGCUGAGGAUGAUGACUGAUGUUUUUUUUAAAGAAAGGCCAAACACUUUGUAACAUGACAAAA